AUGUAUUUGACCAUUUGGUCUCGUACUUUACGGCAUAUCAGUUAUUUAAAUUCAAAUGCAGUGUUGUAUCGAGAUACUUUCUCUAUAAAAUCACGUUAUCUGAUUAUUCAUUCUCUUGGUGCUAUUCGUAAUAAAGCUACUGCCGUAAACUCUUCACAACCUCAAGACUCAGUUUCUCAAAAUGGUUUUUCUCAAAGAAAUGCGACAAAUUAUAUUGAAGGAAUAUAUGAAGCAUGGUUAAGAGAUCCUUCUUCAGUUCACUUGUCAUGGCAGAUAUAUUUUAAGAAUAUGGAAUCUAAUAUGAAAACUUAUCGGCCCUCACCAACAAUCGUUCCUUUGACCGGGUUGACUACUUCUUUAUCACCGAGCACGAGUCAAUAUGAUGAUCAUAUGAAAGUUCAAUUAUUGGUAAGAGCAUAUCAAGUUCGCGGUCAUCAUAUUGCAAAAUUGGAUCCAGAUUUAAGUGAUACCAUUCCAAAAGAACUUGAUCCGAGAUAUUAUGGUUUCACAGAAAAAGAUUUAGAUGAGAAAUUCUCACUUGGUCCUGGUAUAUUGCCGGCAUUCGCUGAGACUGAAAAAAAAAAGACACUUAGAGAAAUAGUGGAUACAUGCAAAACAAUAUAUUGUAGCACUAUUGGUAUUGAAUAUACUCAUAUUUCUGAUCGAGUACAGUAUGAUUGGAUUUGUUCUAAAAUAGAAAUUCCAAAGCAAUACGAUUACACAUUAGAAGAGAAACGCACGAUUUUAGAUCGAUUAAUAUGGUCCGAUUCGUUUGAACGGUUUGUUUCCACAAAGUAUCCAAAUGAGAGGAGAUUCGGUUUGGAAGGCUGUGAGAGAUACCAGGAAUGA